AUGUGCUGCUGUGUUUUCAACUGCUUCAAAAGGCGGUCCAGCAGUAAGCCACCGAGAACCAAGCCGGCCCUCCCCUGGCUGCCGCCCACGGCAAUCCACGAAGCGGACUCCUGGAGGCCUGUUCAACAACUGCGCGGCUUCUUCAGCCUACCGUACGAGAUCCGCUACGCGAUCCUGCGUUUGGCCUUUGGAGAUUGCGUCUUUCACAUUGACAUGCGCCCCGGCCCCCCCUGGCCUGUCAUCCGAUUGAAAGAUUCCGUUGCCGACUCCCGGUAUCGCAUACGCCGCAGAGUCAUAUGGAGAUGGACCAACGGCUUCUGCCACCGUGACGCGAAAUACGAGGCCACGUACGAUGCCUCGGAACGAAAUUGGGAAGCAUGCCUCGACGGCCAGGCAAACUGCUCCGGGCGUCCACACGGGUCGGACAAUGGGAUACUCUACGGCACAAGCGUCAUCCUGCUGGAGAGCAUGCCUUUGAUCGAAUCGUUGUGCGCUCCGACACCCGCCCGCGCCCAGUUACUCGGACCCGGCAUUGGGCUCGUCACUUCGCUCCGCAUCACCAUCGAGCUGGUCCUGUUCGACAAGAAGUGCUUCUCGUCCGCCGAGCAUCACCGCAGGAGGUUCGUCAACAUCCUGGACGGUCUUGGCCCCCGGUUUCCCAGCCUCAAGCGACUCGGCCUCUUUUUCGACAACCAGGCCAGUCUGACAAGGUUCGACCCCGCCAAGGAGAUUGGCAAUCUGGACUUCCACCUCUUUCUUCCGCUGCUCGCGAUGAGCACGCGGCUGGCGGGAGUCGAAAUGACCUUGUGGGUGACCGCGCCGAUGUAUCAGCUGGCCCUGACGGGGUUCUCGAGGCCGCGUGACGAGGCGGAGCCGGGCCUGGUUGAGUACCUGAUUCGUGCUGAUCAGAUGUGGUAUCCGUUCUUCAACAGUUGGGACGACGGCCAGCGAUCGGGAGAAGGGUACUGGGUCAGGAAGUGGAUUGACAAGCCGUGGAAGAUCUGCCCGAAGACGGGACGACGUGGUUAG